AUGUCUGAUGUCAAAGAGGAGGUGCAUGGUCCAGAACCACUUCGCCAUCUUCCCUUCCCUCCUGUGACGAGAUCACACAUCCUCCAGUGCUCGUAUCAUUCUUGGCAACCAAAGCUGCGCUCUUUGACGCCCAAAUCUCGCAUCAUUCCACUUAACGACGCAUUCCUCGCCUACCUCCGCGCCGACGGAAUCAUUCUUCCGCCCGAGCCCUCGACCUCUAGUGCUGAUAUUAACUCUGAUAGCGGCUUCGGCACUGAUUCAGACUCGGACGAUGAAGAGGAUCCCUCUGCUUCCUGGUCAGAACUUCAUGCCCGCAUCCAAUCUACUAUUGCAGAACUAGGAGGCAAGGUCUUGCCAAAAUUAAAUUGGUCCGCACCUAAAGAUGCGACGUGGAUCUCACCCACGAACGAUAUGGAAUGCCGGACGGCAAACGAAAUCUAUCUGCUAUUAAAGAGUAGUGAUUUUAUCACCCACGAUCUAGAGCAGGCAUUUGAUGGAUGCGUGGCCGAUGAAGAGCCGAUUCCGAUACCUUAUGUGCUCGUACUAAGGAAAUCCUUCAACAUCAACCCUUCGCUGGAAUUUCGGUGUUUCGUCCGUCACCGCAUACUGAUUGCCGUGAGUCAGAGAGAGAUGAAUUACUUUGCUUUCUUGUUCGAGAUGCGGCCGAAAUUGCUGGAGAGGAUACAAACAUUCUUACAAGAUGACCUACUGUCUUCAGAAUACUUCUCUAAUGGGGACUUGGAAAACUUUAUCUUUGAUGUCUACAUCCCACCUCCUCAUGAUCGGGUGUGGCUGAUUGAUAUCAAUCCCUGGGCACCUCGAACCGAUCCAUUGCUGUUUUCAUGGUUGGAGCUCUUGACUAUGCCAGAGCAACCUCCCGCAGCGAAGGUGGAGCGGAAACAGGCAGGAUCAGGAGAAGACCGCUCCGAUGAUGACGAGGCAGAAAACAUUCAUGAACCAGAGUUCCGCCUUGUAGGUCGUGACGAUCCCGAGGCAUAUCAAUUCAGCUCGACGAAGUAUAGUGCCCACAAGCUGCCGAAAGAUGUUGUGGAUGCGAGUAUGGGGGCCGGGGGAAGCGGUGGUAUGGAAGGAAUGAUCAGAGAAUGGAAGAGAGCUUUGGAUAAACAAGUCGAGGAAGACGACGAAGUCAGCAAUGAUGAGGAGAAAGGUUGGGAGAGCGUUAGAGCGCGGGCUAGUAGUUGA